AUGGAACCAGGCAGGGGAGGCCGCACAGCCAGUGCGCUGUUCGCGGGAUUCCGGGCCUUGGGACUUUUCAGCAACGACAUUCCACACGUGGUGCGGUUCAGCGCCUUGAAGCGUCGGUUCUAUGUGACUACCUGCGUGGGCAAGAGCUUCCAUACCUACGACGUUCAGAAACUUAGGCUAGUUGCAGUAAGUAAUUCCGUUCCACAGGAUAUCUGCUGUAUGGCAGCUGAUGAGAGGCUAGUCUUUGCUGCAUAUGGGAAUGUUUUCUCUGCAUUUGCCCGUAAUAAAGAGGUGGUACAUACAUUUAGAGGUCACAAGGCAGAAAUCCAUCUUUUGCAGCCGUUUGGAGAUCACAUUAUCUCUGUUGAUACUGACAGCAUUCUUAUUAUUUGGCACAUAUAUUCAGAAGAAGAAUACCUGCAGUUGACUUUUGAUAAGUCAAUAUUUAAGAUUUCUGCAAUUUUGCACCCGAGUACCUACUUAAAUAAAAUACUUCUUGGCAGUGAACAAGGAAGCCUGCAAUUGUGGAAUAUAAAAUCCAAUAAACUUCUAUAUACAUUUCCAGGAUGGAACGUUGGAGUGACAGCUCUUCAGCAGGCACCAGCUGUAGAUGUUGUUGCAGUGGGUCUUAUGUCGGGUCAGGUUAUCAUUCACAAUAUUAAGUUUAAUGAAACAUUAAUGAAGUUCCGUCAAGACUGGGGACCUAUUACUUCAAUUUCAUUUCGUACAGAUGGACAUCCAGUAAUGGCAGCUGGCAGCCCAUGUGGCCAUAUUGGACUCUGGGAUCUGGAAGACAAAAAACUGAUCAAUCAAAUGAGAAAUGCACAUUCUACAGCAAUUGCCGGGCUGACGUUUCUCCAUAGAGAGCCACUUCUUGUCACAAAUGGCGCUGACAAUGCUCUCAGGAUAUGGAUAUUUGAUGGUCCUGUAGGUGAAGGCCGACUGUUAAGAUUCAGAAUGGGACACAGUGCUCCUCUUACCAAAAUCAGAUACUAUGGACAAAACGGACAACAAAUUCUCAGUGCAAGUCAAGAUGGAACUCUUCAGUCAUUUUCCACAGUACAUGAAAAAUUUAAUAAAAGCUUGGGACAUGGAUUAAUAAACAAGAAGAGAGUCAAACGGAAAGGACUUCAAAAUACUAUGUCAGUGAGACUUCCUCCCAUAACCAAGUUUGCAGCGGAGGAAGCUCGAGAAAAUGAUUGGGAUGGUAUCAUUGCUUGCCAUCAAGGGAAGCUGUCUUGCUCAACCUGGAACUAUCAGAGAUCUACAAUUGGUGCUUACUUUCUGAAGCCAAAAGAGUUGAAGACAGAUGCUGUAACUGCAACUGCAGUUGAUAUAACUUCUUGUGGCAAUUUUGCAGUCAUCGGUCUGUCAUCAGGAACUAUAGAUGUAUAUAAUAUGCAAUCUGGUAUUCAUCGAGGAAGUUUUGGCAAGGAACGAGCUCAUAAAGGCUCUAUUAGAGGUGUUGCCGUGGAUGGAUUAAACCAGUUAACAAUAACAGCUGGUAGUGAAGGACUACUCAAAUUCUGGAACUUUAAAAGCAAAAAUUUAAUCCAUUCGAUGAGUCUCAUUUCAUCUCCAAAUAUGAUGCUGCUACAUAGGGACAGUGGCCUUUUGGGACUUGCUUUGGAUGACUUCUCCAUCAGUGUUCUGGACAUAGAAACUAGGAAAGUUGUCAGAGAAUUUUCUGGACACCAAGGCCAAAUAAAUGACAUGACUUUCAGUCCUGAUGGUCGUUGGUUAAUAAGUGCUUCAAUGGAUUGUUCGGUUAAAACUUGGGAUCUUCCAUCUGGAUGCCUCAUAGACUGCUUUCUGCUGGACUCAGCCCCUCUCAAUGUUACUAUGUCCCCUACUGGAGACUUCCUGGCUACAUCCCACGUGGACCACCUUGGAAUUUAUCUGUGGUCCAAUAUUUCCCUCUAUUCUGUUGUUUCAUUACGACCACUUCCUGCUGAUUAUGUUCCACCAGUUGUGAUGCUACCUGGUACUUGUCAAAUGCAAGAUACGGAAUUUCCAGAAGAAACCAUGGAACCAAGUGAUGAAAUGAUAAUAUAUGAUUCCCCAGAACAGUUGAAUGAGCAGUUGGUGACUCUGUCACUUCUCCCAGAAUCACGAUGGAAAAACCUUCUUAAUCUUGAUGUUAUUAAGAAAAAGAAUAAACCAAAAGAACCACCCAAAGUACCAAAAUCAGCGCCAUUUUUCAUUCCAACAGUUCCUGGCCUUGUACCCAGAUAUGCUGCACCUGAACAAAAUAAUGAUCCUCAACAGUCUAAAGUGGUCAACCUUGGAAUUUUGGCUCAAAAAUCCAAUUUCUGCUUGAAACUUGAAGAAGGACUAAUUGAUAAUAAAUAUGAGCCUGCUCUCCGUCUUCUGAAAGAAUUAGGCCCAUCAGGAAUUGAAACAGAGUUGCGAAGCUUGUCUCCUGACUGUGGUGGGUCUAUAGAAGUCAUGCAGAGCUUCUUGAAAAUGAUUGGAACAAUGUUAGAAAAAAAGCGUGACUUUGAGUUAGCCCAAGCAUACCUUGCAUUAUUUCUAAAGUUACAUCUUAAAAUGCUUCCUUCAGAGCCAGUACUCCUAGAAGAAAUGACAAAGCUAUCAUCGCAAGUGGAAGAAAACUGGAUCCAUUUACAGUCACUCUUCAAUCAAAGCAUGUGUAUUUUAAAUUACAUUAAAAGUGCCUUGUUAUAAAAAUAAAAUUAAAGGACUAAAUAAACCAAAGACUUUAAUAGAUUCCAUUUAACUCAUACUUUGUUUUCCUAGAUGCAAUUGAAGGAAAAAUCAAUACUCGCUGUAAUGACUAGUCAGCA